CAAGAAUUCAACAUCUUGGAACUUUCCAUUUCUUGGUUGUUUGUCCUCCUUACUAUUGCUAGUGCCGCAAAGACGGUGCGGAGAAUCGACAGCACUUCAAGAUGCUGAAAUCUCUGCAAAAGCAGUCGUGGACAUGCGCCAAAUGCCUUCAGCGCAUACAAACGCGGAGUGCGAGUAGCGCCGCUGCUGCUGUCGACGCCGCAAGAUCCUCCAUAUGGCAACCAAACUACUCGGCGGCAACCACACAGGAUGAUACCAACCUCCGGCUCAUAUUUGAUUCCCCUUCGUUCUGGAGGGAGUUCUCUCAAAAAGCCGAAGAACAGCUUCGGAACGAGCAUCGCGGACUUUUCCAUAACCGGUACCUGAAGAGCCCGGAUGGCUUUCAGGCCUUCGCUGCGGUCACGCUCAAGAGAUGCUCCAAGCUAGUAGACCGAGUGCUAGCAGCUUCGACGCUGGAAGAGUACAAGGGCAUGGCCCGAGAAUUGGACAGGCUGAGCGACCUACUUUGCAGAGUCAUUGACUUGGCGGACUUUGUCCGGUCGUCUCAUCCGGAUCGACGGUAUCAAACCGCCGCUUCCAACGCAUACGCGAUGAUGUUCGAAUAUAUGAACCAGCUGAACACCACAACCGGGCUGAACGAGCAACUGAAAAAGGCUUGGUCCAUGCCCGAGGUACGAUCGGCUUGGUCGCACGAGGAGAAGGUCGUCGCGGAGAUUCUGAUGCGCGACUUUGCCAAAUCCGCCAUCGAUCUUCCGGAUGACGUCCGCAGACAGUUUGUAGAGCUAUCUAGUGAGAUUGCUGAGGUCGGAGCCGACUUUGUGGAGCGCAUGUCUCCGGAAAUGGAAUACAUCCAGAUCAACACGAAGAAGCUCAAGGGGCUCGAUCCUGUGUCCAUCAAACAGAUCAGCUCGUGGGGCAAAAGCAUCUUACCGUCCUUCGGAAGUACUACAACAAAGGCCCUUCGCAUGGUAGAGGAUCCCGAUACGCGAAGGGAGGUUUACAUGGCAAGUAGAAAGGCCUCACCAUCGACCAUCCAUCGCCUGGAAGUCCUCCUACAGAAACGUGCCCAAGUCGCACAGGUUUCGGGAUACGACAGCUAUGCGCAUAUGGCACUCUCCGACAAGAUGGCACGAACACCCGAAGCAGUGAACCAGUUCCUGCAUGCUCUGUCCACCUCAAUUAGACCCAAGGUCCGCGAAGAGCUUCAGAGUUUACUGGAGCUCAAGAAAUCUGAUGCGCACGGAAGUACCCUUUUCCCUGAGACGAUCAAUGCAUGGGACCGCGACUAUUACACCAACCGAUUAUUCUCACUCAGGUCGCGUAUCCCUACCCCGGACACACUGACCGCCUACUUCUCGCUUGGUUCCGUCAUGCAGGGACUGUCGCGUAUAUUCAGCCGACUCUACGGCGUGCGUCUUGUCCCUCGCGAGGCUGCCCCUGGAGAGACCUGGGAUCCGUCUGUCCGUCGACUCGAUGUCAUGGACGAAAACGACGGCCACAUCGGCGUCAUGUACUGCGAUCUCUUCACCCGCGAAGGCAAAUCCCCCCAUCCGGCGCACUUCACCCUCCGCUGUAGCCGCGAGAUCCCCUCGACCGAACUCGCCGACCUCGCCACCGAAUCCCCCACCGCCACCCCCUCCUUCUCCUCCCUCGUCGACGCCGCCACCGAAGGCAUGGCCCACUCCUACAACCCGACCACCCACUCCCUCCACCAACUCCCCACCAUCGCCCUCAUCUGCGACUUCCCCCCUCCUCGCCCUUCCGCCAACUCCAACCAACCCCCCACCCUCCUCUCCCUUCGCUCCCUCCUCACCCUCUACCACGAAAUGGGCCACGCCAUCCACUCCCUCCUCGGCCGCACCUCCCUCCACAACAUCGCCGGCACCCGCUGCGCUACCGACUUCGCCGAGCUCCCGUCCAUCCUCUUCGAGCGCUUCGCCACCGACCCCGCCGCCCUCGCCCUCUGGGCCACCCACUGGGAGACCGGCGAGCCGCUCGACCCCGCGCGCAUCGCGACGCGCCUCGAGCGCGAGAAGCUCGUACAGGCCGGCGAGGUCGAGAUGCAGGUGGUGCUGAGCGCGCUGGACGCGGGGCUGCAUGGGCGGGAGGCGGCGGCGGUGCUGAAUCGCGGGGGCGCAUUUGACUCGACGGAGGUGUAUCGGCGGGUGUACGAGGAGUACUCGUCGGUGCCAGAGCCGCGGGGGACGUCGUAUCAUGGGUUCUUUGGGCAUUUGGUCGGGUAUGGGGCGACGUAUUAUGCGUAUUUGUUCGAUCGGGCGAUCGCGGCGAAGGUGUGGAAGGACGUGUUUCAGAAGCCGGGGCUGCCGCAUGGUGCGAUUAGCCGGGAAGCGGGGGAGAGAUAUAAGAAUGAGGUGCUUAGAUGGGGAGGUGGACGGGAUGGGUGGCAGUGUGUGGCCGGUGUUUUGGGUAGACCGGAGUUGAGUGAGGGAGGGGAGGCGGGGAUGAAGGAGGUGGGGAGGUGGGGGAUUGCCAAAGAUGCGGAUCAUUAUGAUGGCUAG